CCCUCUCAAUCCCUAUCCGCUAGCAUCCAACAUUCUCUCUCUCCCAUCUCUGCCUGUCUGCAACUCCCCGUCGGUUUUUCCAGGUGUGUUGUUUCUUGUUUUUUUGUUUCUCUGUUGGUGCAUGCGAAAUCGAAGAGGGUAGGUUACAUCUUUGGUGGAUGGAUCAAAAGUUUUCAUUGGGAUUUGAAGGGUGUUGGUUUUUAACAUGAACUCCUGGGUCUUGAGAUGGUAUAGGACUAGAGAGUACAUAUAUCAGGCAUUUCAGUUAUGGAAUCGGGACAUGAUACUGGGAGCGAUUUAAAGACGCACCAAGUAGCUAGUCCUAGUGAAAAUAGUCAUGCUACUGCAGCCAAAAAGUCAAGACCCCCCUCUCAUUCAUCUUCCUCAUCUUCAUCUGGUGAAGCCAUCCGGUUGGGUUCAACUGGAACCAGUACAUCGAAUGCAGGUGUUCACACCCCCCUUAGGGAUGAACAAGCUGAAGAAGAUAUUCCAGUUAGCUCUAUGCCCGACAGCGGACAAUCCAGUGAUGGCUCAGCCGCUCCAAUUCCUCCACCACUGCCCACGGAGCGACCUGCUGGAGGCUCCCCUUCCGAAGCUUCGGAUAGGAUUCCAUCUUAUGUCUUUGCUAGGACUAAAUCUUCAGGCCCAAUGGAAUGGAGUGUUGCUUCCAACGAAUCAUUAUUUAGCAUUCACAUGGGGAACAUGAGUUUCACUAGGGACCAAUUAAGUUGGAUGUCUAAAUCUGGUGAGCUUGGAUGCAUCAAUGAUCCCACCAUUUCUGGUCCAUUGCUUGACGUCCCAAGUAGCCAGACACCACCCAGAAAAUCAACAGAAAUUGCCAAGAAAAGCGGUACCUUGGAUGAUGGGUAUGGUGUGAGCGAAGCAGCAGCAGCAGAAACAAUGAGGGAGGUUCUGAGGGAGAAAGAAUCUCAGCGCGACGAAAACAUUGCCAAGGAAUCACCUCGUUCCCGUAGUUUGUCUCAGCAUUCAGAUACAAGUGUCAAAUCUUUUGCCUUCCCUAUAUUGACAGGUGACGGAGGUAAAAGUGGUUCAUUCAGACCAAAUACAAAGAAUAAAAAGCAACUGUCACGGCCCUCCACCCCUAAAACAACUCCACAGACCCCUCCAGAAACCCCAAAGCCACAGACCCCUAAGCCAGAGACACCUAAAGAAACCCGAAAUGCGGGUCUAAGAAGAUGGUUCUCUUGCUUCUCUUGUUGCCCAUCCUGUUCUUGAUCAGGGGCACUGAGAUGAUUCAACGGGUAUAGUUUGGGGUUAAAGCACCAGGGUUCCUUUGACUCCUGCUAUAAGUUUGGGCUACUUUUAACUUUCUUUUGUGUAGCAUUGCAGUUUCUCUUCCCAUGUUGGUUAGUUUAGUCCACAACUUGCGUUCUCCAUUUUUUGU